UGUGGAUUCAUCUGCACUGUGUGCUGCCUCUUUCUAGGAGUAUAUCACAUACUUUACAAUGAUACCUGGAUAUAACCGAUAUAACCUUGCCCUAAAAACACUGGUUAACAUGUAACCUGUUAAAAAGACUGACCUAAGUUACUAAAUUACAAUUUUAUGUAUGAAAAUCACACAAUUAGGCCAUUGAGGGAAUCCUCAAUGUUUGCAUGUGGUAUAAGAUCUUUGUAUAUUGUUUUUGUAGUUGAGUAGAUCCUCUCUUUACAGGAAUGCAACCGAACAAGCAAGUCCAGACUAAUGUAGCUCUUUCUGGCUUGGUUUUUCCUUGGGGGCAAGAGAGGAAUGUGUGUAAACAUAAAAAGACCUCAGUAAUUUCACUAAGUUAAGCAGACUAACCAACUUCACCCGCACUUGACAAGGUCCCAAGAAAAGUCACACAGAAUCCACCAAUGAGAGACAAACCCUCCCACCAGCUUCUGUCAAAACAUAUAUCAGUGCCUUCAUGUUGUAGGAGUAAGAAGACUUCAGCUGGCUUAAAUUCACUUCUCGCAACACAUUCCUUUCAAAAUGACAAGGCAAUGGCUAUUCGUAUGUGGGAAACUAUGAAGCUGAUGACCUUUGGCUUCUUCCUGUGCGUGGACGCCUUCCUGUACGUCUUCACCCUGCUGCCCCUCAGGGUGCUGCUGGCCGUCCUCCGCCUCAUCACCCUGCCAUGCUGUGGCUUCAGGGCACACACAUGCCCCUACUGCAGAAGAAGCAGCGGGUCUCGGCUGCUGCAGCCAGCGCAGGUUUGUGACAUGCUGAAGGGCCUGAUCCUGGUGCUGUGCUUCUCCAUGAUGCAUUAUGUCGAUUACUCCAUGAUGUACCACCUGAUCAGAGGACAGUCUGUCAUCAAACUCUACCUCAUCUACAACAUGUUGGAGGUGGCUGACCGCCUCUUCUCCUCCUUUGGUCAAGACAUCCUGGAUGCUCUCUACUGGACGGCCACAGAACCUAAAGAACGAAAAAGAGACAGUAUAGGAGUCAUUCCUCACUUCAUCAUGGCUGUCUUUUAUGUCUUCCUCCAUGCCAUCCUCAUCAUGGUCCAAGCUUCCACCCUGAACGUCGCCUUCAAUUCACACAACAAGUCGCUGCUCACCAUUAUGAUGUCCAACAACUUUGUGGAGAUCAAAGGAAGUGUGUUUAAAAAAUUUGGAAAGAACAACUUAUUCCAAAUGUCCAACAGUGAUAUCAAGGAACGGUUCACCAGCUACGUUCUCCUGCUCAUUGUUUGUCUCAGGAAUAUGGAGCAAUUCGCAUGGAACCCGGACCACCUGUGGGUGUUGUUCCCUGAUGUCUUUAUGGUCGUCACCUCUGAAGUUGCUGUUGACAUAAUUAAACAUGCUUUCAUCACCAAAUUCAACGACAUCACUGCAGAUGUGUACAGUGAAUACAGAGCCAGUUUGGCCUUCGAUCUCGUCAGCAGUCGACAGAAGAAUGCUUGUACAGACUACAGUGACUCAGUGGCCCGGAGGAUGGGCUUCAUCCCUCUGCCUUUGGCUGUUCUGCUUAUCCGAGUGGUAAUGAGUUCGGUGAAGGUGCAGGGAGCGCUUUCAUACACAUGUGUGUUCCUAUUUUAUCUCGGGCUGGUUUCACUUAAAGUGUUGAACAGUAUUGUGCUGCUGGGGAAGUCGUGUGUUUACGUCAAGAGGGCCAACAUGGAGGACAAGCUGUUUGAGAGGCCCUCCACCAGUCCAUCCUCCUCCGGGAAAAGCUCCAGCAAAGCUGAUCAGGCCAGAUGUCCCACACCUUCAGGUGAAUCCAAGGCGGCGCACAUCCCUGCCACACCCUGCAGCCCACCAUCCUCCUCCUCCUCCUCUGUGACCACCCAGCCGACUCCCAGGACUGACUUGUUUCCUCCCCCACCCACUGAUGCCUCUCCUGCUGCUUCAGCUAGCCGUCCUCCAACUCCACCACCUGAACUUGAACCUGAACAACCUGCACCUUCACUCUCCAAAGAAGAGGAGGGUGAGGCACAAGGAGCCUCUGAACUGAAGCACAGGACUCCCAAAAAAGACCUGCUGGAGAUCGACCGUUUCACAAUCUGUGGUAACCGCAUCGACUGACCAGUGGCAGCCGCUGAUGUAGCGAUUAACCACUCAGGAAAGAAGUAGAGCAAGGGGCACUUCAGCCCGGCUCUCCUGGCCAACAGCAGCAGAAAGCUGAGUAUUUAUUAAAGUCAGUGGCAAUACAGUAAGUUAUUGUGAACAUGGACACUCAGUGUCAGACGAUCAUGCUGUUGUUGAAGCCUGAAGUUGAGAAGAAGUUUGACAAAGAAAACUUCAGCUGGCUGAUAGACAGCAGGAGACAGAAAGUGUGACUGUGGCGGCCCAGUCGUCAGGAUGAACUGUCAUGUCAGUGUGUGUUUGUGUGAAAGUGUUAGGAUGGUUCAGUAUUUGGAGUGAGUGUGCAGGUGUGAGAGUGUGUGUGAAACAGCGUAUGUGUGAGCGUGAGAGCACACAAGCACUUCCUGUCUGAGCAGCACUGGAACCAGAAGGAGAGAAGUUUCUCAGUUCACUCAGCAGCCAGAAAACAAACUUCCAAACUCUUACAUUAAAAGGAAACACCUGAAUCAAUUCUCAUUGCUUCAGUCGUUUCCCUUUUUUACUCAAGAAAACCUGAUUUUAAAAGUAUCAGGGUUCUUUUUGUAAAUUAUUGGGUGCCAUCCAACAUAUCGAUCCAAUUUGCAAGAAAAUCUAGCCUCUUUUUACAGCACAGCCUUUAUAAUCAGACACUGAGGUCACUUAAACAAUUCAGCUAAGAAAUUUAGAUGUGGAAAUAGCUAAGAAGUGGAAAAGCUUCUAAGAUGUUCCUUCAAUAAGGGACUUGAAGCUCAUGGUUCCCAAACUGAGGGUCAUAACCCACACAAAGUGUCAUAAGAUAAAUCUUGUGGGUCACGAGGUGAUGAACAAGCCAGGAAAGUAGAAAAAAUAUAUUCAUGCUACACAAAAUUAUGUUUUUUUCUGUAAUGUUAACCCUUUUUCUUUUCAUGAAUUUGACCUUUUCAGGUCUCUGAAACUUACUCAAAUGAAACAAAAAGCAGAAAACAAAUUACUUUUUGUCUAAACUGGUCACAAACUGUACACACGUACACAAUGGUUUGUUUAAGGGGGUCACGAGCCAAAAAGGUUGGGAAACACAGCUCUAAGGAGUCACACACACUGAUAAUAUUAGGCUGCUCACACCAUUAACUGCUCAGUUCAGAAGUCUAUACCUCAGUGAGACUACGGUAGUAAGAAGUUUGAAGUGAAGCAUCGUUUUACUUUCCAACAUCAUCUGAUGGCGUUAUAAACGUGACUAAGAACAGUGAGUGUUAAGUAGAGCCUUUCGUUUACACAGCCAACAGAUGAAGUCAUUUGCAGCCCACGCUGCGCCUUGAGCAACUAAAGGACCUUUUAUUACAGGACUCAGUCAGCGCACAACGUUAACAGGAGCUGCCGGUCAAAUGCUGCCGACACUAAAUCUGCUGCUUCUACCAGCCGCUUACGCAGCCAGACGUAUUUCAGAGGUCCACUUAAAACUAUGAAAGAAGAAUACUGAAAAAUGCUGAUAGACGCUGAAGAUAAUCUUAAUAUUCUUCUUGCUUAGGGUACAUUUUUCAAAUCGCUUUAUAUACUGUAUAUUAGGCAACAAAUCCUUAUCUGAAAAUCAUAAUUUAUUAUCUCUAAAAUACAGAUAAUCAUUAGAAAAGGGUUAUCACUUUUAUCCAAGGAUUAAUAUUACAUUACGCAUCCUUCACCAAGUAACCAGUCAUUUUAUUAUAAAAAUGGUAUUUCAUUUUUCAUUCAUUUUUGGUCUUGAACGUUUGCACUGAUGGACCGUAUUGUCUUAAAUACGACGUUGUAAUGUAUGUUUCUCAUUCGACUCAAGUAAUGUUCUAAUGUUUACAUCUUAGAAAAUAGAAGCAAUAUUUCCACAACAAAAUGCCUUUGCAUGUGUGUAUGUCCAUUUUGCUGACUCACCUUGAUUGCUAUGAUUUAAAUUUUUAUUGCAAUGAAAAAAUCUAUAAAUAAUAAUAAAAAUAUUAUAUAUAUAUGAUUGAUAUAUAUUAUAUCAUCUAACUUGAUUUAUGGAUGUAGUGAGAGAGGACAUGAAGUUAAUUGGUGUGAGUGAAGAGGAUGCAGAGGACAGGGUUAGAUGGAGGCGCUGUGGCGACCCCUGAAAGGGAACAGCCGAAAGGAAAAGAAGAUAUCAUCUAGCUUUCAUUUGUCACCCAUGUAUGUAACUGAGUGUAAGUAAAAUAUAAUAUAUUAAUCCUAACAUUGUAUGACAGUUUUACAACUCAAUGUCAGGUCAUAAAGUUCCAGCAGCCAUGCCAAAUAUUUCAUUUGUCAGAACUCUAUGUAGCACUUUAUGGUCCCUGCUGUCAACAGUUUUGUGCAGCAAGCGGAGAAGUUUUAGCAGAAUUAUAUAGACAAAUACGUUACUUGACUAGUACAAGAUAUAAUUAUUAGGGUUGGAAAUUACCAUCAAAUCAAACUAAAUGCUGGUAAGUUUUAAAAUGAUCUACAACAGAAAUCACUUCUGAGUUAAAUUUCCUCCUUCUUCCCAUCACUCUUUAGUUAUGUUGGAAUUUAAAAGGUAUUUUUCUGCCUUGUUAAUUACACAGUUUAACAUAUGACACUAAUAUAUUUUAAGUUGCUUUGGCAGAAGCUGUCAUAAUGUGAAGUGGAGCCUCAUAUUUUACUUUAAAGUAGAAGGAAGAUGUGUAUAAUGUAAACACAUAUCAGCAUUUAUUUGAUUUGAUUUGGAGAAAAAAAGCUUCUUUAUAAUGUUCAUUACCGUUGUAAUACGGACGAUAGUUCUAUUUUUGGAGCUGACAGUUAUAUGAUAAUACGUUUUUGCGCAUGAAAUCUGACUCUCCUCAGUCCUUCAUGUGGUUUUGUCAAAUGUCUCGUCUCCACUGGCCUGAGCUCAGUCUUGUUGUGGUCUGUUUGGCUCAGAGUCAAAGUGUCUCCACUGUCAUCUGGCUGAGCCUCACUGAUCCCAGUCCGCAGACGAGAUCAACCACAACUGGACCCUGCUGGGCUCAACCGAGCUCACGGAGAAGUGUUUUUAUGCAAGUUGCGAUGGUCCAGUACACUGCCUGCUUUGUUCAGUUUGGUUCCUUAUUUAAGUCCUACCUCGAUAUUGUAUGAAAUGCCCCUUUUGGAUCAAUAAAAGUUGGUUUCUUAAA